AUGAAAUCCUCAGCAGCUGCAGCAGUUAGUUCUUCCUCAGAUAUUUGUUUUUCUGAUUUUUAACCAAACACCUCUGUUUUGUUGUUCUUGAACUAAUACGGCAAAAUGUUAUGUUAUGCUGAUGAAAAGCCAAUACAUUGGAUUUCCUCUUUGCUCUUCCUCAGAUAUUUGUGUUUUUGUAUUAAUACUCCUUUCUGUUGUAAUUAUGGUGUCCUUAUUAGGACAUCCUGAUAUGGAAACAAGUCCGUCUGAGUCUGAGUCUGUCCUAAUAAUCACACUGUAUGUAACUGAUGAAUGAUAUGGCUUUUGUCUUCCAACAGAGUAAGAUGGUGUCGUUUUCCACAGAAGAGGUCCAACCUUCUGAAGAGUCGAAUGUUGAUCUGACCCAAAACUUCCUUGGGCUCGGUGGCAAAAAACCCCUCUGUGAAAUGAAGCCUCCAGAAGCUUCAACAAACGCUGUAAUUACUCUUCACUCUCUGAUGUCUUGUUUCUGUUCUUGGACUUUUAGUUGUUUUAACCGAUGUUCGGUCUUGCUUUUCUUCAACAGAGUAAAAUGGUGGCGAGACACACGCUUUCCGCAGAAGGACUCCGUCACAACAAACCUUCUGAAGAGGUGAUUACUGUUGAUCUGACCAAAAACGUUCAGCUUGGUGGCAAAAGGCUCCUCACUGAAAUGAAGUCUUCGGAAUCUGCACACGCAGUAAGCACUAACAUUGGAUUAUAUCUUAUGCAGAGAUUUCUGUUUGAAUUCAUUAAGGGCUCGAUCCAAUCAGAUUUGCGCUAGCCGACACCCACAUACUGUAGCUGGUGUUCUGACGGUGUCGGAGGUGGAACCGCUUUAGAGCUGUCCAAUCCACAAGCGGCUCCCGGCAUUAUAGCUAUCGCGGACAUUGCCAUUGGCUGCACGGAGUCGCAUUAGUAGGAAUCCCACGCAGCCAUGUUUACAAGUUCGAACACUGGAAUGUGUGAUGUAAUCUACACCUUGAUUAGGAUGAUGAUAACAUCCUCAUUAUAUAUAAUUUAAUGAUUUUCAGUUUGAGUGUCGUUAUUUCAAUAUAGCCUACACUUUUCUCAUUCUGAACUUCUAACACGAGUGGGACGGGUGUGGCUUCGUGAUAAUGAUCACAAAAGCAGCUGCUCACCGAUUUGAUAUCUCCAAAGCAGUUACACCUCCGACAACCCCCAAAACAUCAGCUAUGCGGGUGUCGGUUAUUGCCUGUUUAACACUUGAUCUGAUUGAAUCUUGGCCUCUAAUACACCACUCUGUUAUAACUGAUGAAGGUUAACUUGCCUCGUCUUCACCAGAGUAAAAUCGUGGCGAGACACACGCUUUCCGCAGAAGGAGUCAGUCACAACAAACCUUCUGAAGAAGUGAUUACUGUUGAUCUGACCAAUAACGUUCAGCUUGGUGGCAAAAGGCUCCUCACUGAAAUGAAGUCUUCAGCGAAUGCAGCACACACGGUAAACACUUACAUCAGAUUUCCUCUUCUGUUUUUCCAUUUUCUGUUCUUAGAUUUAUACACCAAACUGUUAUAACGGAUGAAUGGUCACUUUCUUUGUCUUAAACAGGGUAAGAUACUGGUAAAGGCUGAGGUAAAAACUGUCGAUCUGACGAAGGCUUCUGACAAAAAUCUCCUGGCUGGCAAAAACCUGCUCGGUGACAAAAAGUUCCUCGACAACAUGAAAUCCAUCACAUCUCUGAAACAGACAGAGAUAACCACAGUAGCUGUAGCACAAGCAGUAAGCAAUCACAUCACUUCUCCUUUUGAGAUUUCUCUACUUGGACUAAUACUUACUUACUUAGUCCCCUUCGUCUGGUGUCGGACAUAAGGCAGCAGCAAUCUUCUGCCACUGGAGUCUGUCUUUGGCCACAGCUUCUGCCCUGUCCCAUGAGAGACCCAUCUCGUCCAGCUCAGCUUCCAUAUUGGACUAAUACACCGAGCUGUUAUAACUGAUGGUAAAUUGGUGUUGUAAUUGUUUUUGUCGCCAACAGAACAGGAUGGUAGUUCUGCCCACAGAAGAGGCCAACCUGUCAGACAUCGACUACCUGGUUCCCACCCAUGACGAGCGGGGUCGGCCGAUCGCUGAGUGGAAGAGACAGGUCAUGGUGCGUCAGCUACAGGCCAGGCUAUUGGACGAGGAGGACCAGAGGAGGAAGGUGAGGCACUCUUGAUUGGAUAUCCCAAUACGGUCGCAGCUCUGAUUGGAUAUCCCAUGAUGCUGUACGGUCACGUCAAUAGAGCUGGCAUGUUAUUCGUAUCAUUACACCAAUCAGGGCGUAAAGAGCCGGAUUCUCAGACCCAGAUUAAGCCUACUCAUUUCUUGUGUCCAAGAAACCGGCCCUCAGCAUUGGUAUGUCAGUGAUAUGACAUGCACUGUAUAUUAAAAACGCUGUAAUGUGUCACCUUCACCUCUGUAGGAGAAUGGGAACACCACUUCCAAAGCGGUGAGCUGGAGGUACUCCCAGGCCCACAACGCUAUCCUGGGCCCGUUUGGAGAGCUGCUGACCGAGGACGACCUGAUCUACCUGGAGAAGCAGAUCCGGAGCGUGUCCAACCAGAAGAAAUGUGAGGGCUAUGAGACAGAGCUAGCCCGUCUGGCUGAGGAGCUCAGGACCAUCCUGCCAGCUCCCAUCGUCAACAUCACAGCCAGCACUCAGUUCAGAAACCCCAACCAGGAAUCUCAGGUUUGAGUUUAUUUGAUAAUAAAAAAAUUAAAAAAAUACAAACAGUACAUACCACAGAGAUCCUAUUAAAGGAUAAAUGUAAUUAUAUGCUACAAACAAUGUUUCUAGGAUCACACAAUGAAGUCAAUGACUUAUUUUCAUUGUGAUCCCUUAAUAAAAGGUCCCUCUGCCCGUGUGGUGCAACCGCAUCUCAGGCAUCGUAAAGAGUAUGUCCCUGCUGAUGGCCAACCUGGCAGACGGGCCGUACUCUAAGAUGCCCAACACAGAGCUAUCCACUGUGUUCUCCCAGACCCCGGACAGACCCACCUCUGCCCGGGGGCGCAGGGAGAAGAUAGAGUCCGAGAUCCACCAGUUUGGGGUUUCUGUCCGGAAUCUGAAGUCCAACUUUGAAGGUCAUGAAGAAGAAACCGAAGUAGACGUCCACGUGAUGUCAGACAUACAGGAGGAAGGCCUGGGGUCAGAGGUCAGAGGAAUACAGGAACGGCCCAAAGAGAUUAACCCAGCCCCUGAAGCUGACCAGAACAGUGACUCGGGCAUAGCCCAUGGUGACAACAUGACCGACGUUAGGGAAACCACCAGUCUACGUAAGGAGCGCAUCGUGGUGCUGUUCUUGGGCCACUGGAAGAAGUCAGCCUACACGGUGACUCUGAAGACCAGAGAGGCCGAGAGGAGAGCCAGUGUGGACGAGGUUGGUGGUAAACCUGGGGGGACAGAUGGGAGGGGACCACGGAGGGGAUCUCAGAUGCCUCUGGGACAUUUCUUCAAACAGAGGAGUGUCAUCAACAAGAUGAUUGGUGAUUGGAGGAGCAUGAUCUCCAGUGUUCCGUCUCGCCAGAUCCGCCGUCUCCACCGGCAGCAGGCGCCAUACUCCCCUGAACAGUUCCUCCCCAAGGUCAUUCUACACUUUAUACACACACACACACACACACACACACACAGAGACACUUUAUACACACACAGACACUUUCUACAAACACAGAAAUUGAUUGUGUUCUGAAUCUGAUUCUAAUUCCUCCACAAGGUGGACGGGGCGACGGCGGACUACGACAGCCUGACCCUUGACCUCUUCAUGCUGGGCUACUUCCACAUCCUGGAACUCGAACUCCCCGCGGACGAGAGGAAGAUGAGACACCUGCUGUGCUUCGAGGUGUUUGACCACGUUGGUCGUUUCACCUGGGAGAGCGUCCGGGAGUUCCACAAGGCCGUCAUGAUGGACAUCGAGGCUGGGAAACGUGAGUGGAAGGACGGCUUCGAGGACACUAAGGUCAAAUUCUUUGGGAACGUGUCAACGACUCAGUCUGAACUGCCAGAGGUAGAGAAACAACAGUUCCUUCCAGAGGUCAGGCCGGUGCCCAAAGUCAUCCUCCAAACCCCGACACCAGAUGAAGGGGCUUUGAUUAAACAAGGAACAGACAUUUCCAGUUUCAGCAACGAUGAGAUUUGUAAAUACAUAGACAGGAGUUUCGCUUUCUGGAAAGAGAAGGAGGCUGAGAUUUUUGAUUUUGAAUAG